AAUCGUCGAUGGGUAUGUAACACAUCGUACCUCCAUUCCUCCUGCGAUUCGAAUGUAUAUGAUAAAGAACUUUUCUCUGUCAUCUCUUUCCGAAUGAAGUAUAAAACUUCGAUGCAAAAUGCGAAUAUUCUACACACGCUUAACGCUCGGCCGCACUUUUCGCUCAACCACGUGCGAGUGCGUGUUCAGCAAAUUCCCACCGGCACUUAAGUCUAAUCGAAUCAAAUAGGCUAUUUUGCACUCCCGGACGAACACAAUGAAAUUUUUUGAUGAGUCCGCCAAGCGCAAGAAAUUCACGAUGAAUUUUUGCUAGGCUGCGCGAAAAACUGAUACACGCGAUUUAUUCGUGAAGAAUGAAUGACGAGAGGCAAAAUUUGAUCACUUGUUACGCACACAUGUGUUUUAUCGAUGAAUACUUGUCCCGAUAUGGUAACGGAAUGAAAGUAUAAGAAGACGCUCAGAAACACGUUUUGGAAACAGGAUCAACUUGGGUACCAAGAAGGUAUGUGAAGCAACUUCCAUCGAACGAGAUUUCAAAGCUGGUUUGAGUCUUAGCGUACAUUGUUACGAAUACGUACAUCGGAAAAGAAACAGAACUACAUUAUUAAUUUAUUCAUUCUGCAACAGAUAUCGUUUAUGCCGCAACUCUUUGUAACGUUAACAUCGAUUCACACCCGACAAAGUUCCUGAAAUUUUAUCAUUGAUAAUGAUAAACGGCAAUUAUCCGAACGAUUUUAUUUGAUGAACUUGGAUCAGCAGCUCGGUCGUUCGUAGAUAAACAACUCUAGCAAAUUUGAAAUUGCAUUGGAUGUCGUGACAUACGUGUGGAAACGAUCAAGUCUCGUGCGUACGAUAAUAAGAAUAGAGAUAACACAGAAGACUAGCAGAGUGGAUUUUAGAAGCACCGAAUAAGAAAAAUUCAAUAAUGUCUUCAUUAAAUUUGCGCUACACGAGAGACAUUCUCAAUCGUCUUACGAUGAAACAAAGGCUGUUUUACGAGAAGAAUGGUUAUCUAGUAUUUCCCCGCUUCAUACCGCAAAACGUGCUCGAUAAAUGUCAUAAAAGAUAUAAUGAAAUCGCCGAAGGCAAGCCACGGCAAGAUAUGAUGAUAGUAAUGUACGAUGUGAAGGACAAAAAAGCGCUAACUAAAAUACAGGAUAUGCAUACGGAUUCGGUAUUCCGUCAAUAUACCGAGCACGAGAAAAUUCUUGAUAUAAUCGAGUGUUUUACGGGACCAAACAUCAUGGCGAUACAUAGUAUGCUCAUCGUAAAGCCACCUGAUAGCGGAUUUGGAAGUUCAAGACAUCCACCGCAUCAAGAUCUGUACUACUUCCCAUUACGACCAGCCGAUCGUAUAGUAGCUGCAUGGACAGCCAUGGAACCCUGCAAUAGUGAAAACGGAUGUCUCUAUGUAGCACCUGGAUCACAUACUUUAGGGAACUUGUAUCCGCAUGGUUAUCCUCCAAAGUCGGAAGGAGUGAUGAACAAGUUUUAUCAUGGCAUACACCAAUUACCUUCGAUGCUCAACAAUUGGAUAAAUCUUGAGAUGCAACCCGGCGACACAGUAUUCUUUCAUCCGUUACUCAUUCACGGAUCUGGCAUUAAUAAAUCCAAGAGAACGAGAAUGGCGAUUUCCUGUCAUUAUGCAGCAGCAGAUUGUACUAUUGUCGAUGAUGAUCCGGUUCAGGAAACCAUCAGGAGCGAGAUUUUAGAGCUGUUGAAGAAAAGGCAUCCCGAUAUGGAGAUACAAUACGCAGACGUAUGGCGCUAUAAAUCCUCGCUCGUGCGCGGUAUUCGUUCCUCUUACUAAAAACGUUUAACUAUAGGCCCGUUCUUUUUGACUGAACUCUCUUGCACCAAUUCAUCUUUCUUCUUUUUCUCUCCAGGAGAAAAGAAGAGGAAGAAA